GACAAAAAACAACAAGGACGUAUCACUUGCAACGGUGUUCCGACUCCCAUCUGACAUCAUGUAGCCCCUGUUGCAUGUUACAUUAUUCAAUGCGAUGCAUCGCUUACUAAUAAAUAUGCAAACGUGAAUUUACUUUUGGGGGUGAAUAUAUAUCUGCCUGCGAGGAUGAGUGGUGGGAGGUCGGAGUGAUGAUGAUGAUACGAAGAUGGCGAGCGGGCUUGGAAAACACAAGAUGCUGACCGCGGCGCCCACGGAGCCCUGGUCCCUCAGGGAGAAGCUGUGUCUGGCCACCUCUGUCAUGAAGAGCGGAGACCAAAACUGGGUGUCUGUGAGUCGGGCCAUAAAACCGUUUGCAGAACCGGGGAGACCUCCGGACUGGUUCUCUCAAAAGCACUGUGCCUCCCAGUACUCAGAGCUCUUAGAAUCGACAGAAGCCCCAAAACGGAAACGCGGGGAGCGAGGAGAAGUGGUGGAGACGGUGGAGGACGUGAUCGUGCGCCGACUCACCGCCGAGCGCAUCGACGAGCUGAAGAGGCUGAUCAGGGAGACGCAGGAGGAGCACAGAAAGCUUAAACAGGAGGCACAGCUGAUCCACGCCGGACACCUUGACUGCAGAGUGGAUGAGGUGUGGGGAGAGAUCGCUGAGAAGAGGAAACAGACGGAGGAGGAAGCAGAGGAGAAGAGGAAGAGCACGGACGCUUCCUAUCAGGCUCGUCAGACGGCCAAGACUGCAGUGAGGAGAGGGGCCAGCACCGUGGCCCUCUGUCCUCAAGAGGGCCCCUCCCCUAGCCUGGAGCCUCCCGCCAGCGACGGGCCCCCCCAUGGAGCCCUGACCGUCGAGGGCCAGCCCAGCCCCAUCAGGAGUGUCCUAGUGUCCCCCGGGUUCCCGCCCACCAUGACCUAUGAGUCUUCUCUGCCCAGCAACGGAGAUGUCUGCCAGGCCGUGCUCCUGGAAGAUUCCCUUCUGAGGAAACCGCUGGGCCAGAGGACGACCCCGCCCCCCUCCCCUCUGCUCUCUGAGCUGCUGAAGAAAGGCAGCGCUCUACCCGGGAACCCCAGACCGGUUGGGGAGGGAGAGCCGUCUGGUCAUGUCACGGGGUCACAUGACCUGCAGCUGGCCCCGCCCCCGCCACCUGGCUCCCAGGCAACAGGCGCUCCCACCCUCUCUCGUCUCCUGGAAUGCGCUCCCAGCCAGGCCUCUGUUCCGCCCAGCUUCAUGCCUGCUCCUGAUUCGGUCUCCAUGGCAACCCACCAUGCCGGCAACCCACUUCCUGUGGACCCCGCUGUCCUAACCAACGCAGGUGGUUUGGCGGUCGUGGGGCCCUAUGGGUACCAGCAUGUGUUCGGGGGCCCGGUGGUGAGUCAGGAGAUGGAGGAGGAGGAGGAGGAGGAAGAGGAGGAGGUAGGCGGGUCCUACAUGGGGGACGAGCUGGACCUGAAGACAGUGGGCGACAUCAUCGCCAUCAUAGAGGAGAAGACGGUGGAGCACCCGGAGGUGCUGGACGCGGCGGCGGUGGAGGCCGCCCUGUCGCUGUGUGAGGAGGGGGGCCACGCCCUGGUGGGGAGCUGCUGGGGGCCCGGCCCGUUCAAACCCCAGGACCCCACGCCCGGGUCUGGGCGCGGCGACACCGCCGCCCCCCCGUCCCGCCAUGGAGGUCCGACGGGGGCCAGGACAGACGCGCUGGGGGUACAACACCACCGCCGCUUCCUCCCCAUGACGCCUCUACGGCCGAAGCCCGCCUCAUCCGCGUCCGACUUCUCCGUGGCCGAGCGGGAAGGCUGCGACGGUCCUCACGGAGGUACGAGGGCCGCAGGGGGGGGGGAGGGGGAGAUGGAGCCCCCGGCCAGCGGCAGCGAGGACGGCUCCAGCAUGCACACCGCCUCCUCUUCCCUGCAGCUCCACGCCACCGCCUCCUCCACGCCCAGCAGCCCCGCCUCCUCCCAGUUCUCUAUGUGCAGCGAGGACCUGGAAGCAAUACAAGCUCAGAAGAUCUGGAAGAAAGCCAUCAUGUUGGUGUGGCGCGCAGCGGCGAAUCACAGGUUUGCCAAUGUGUUCCUUCAGCCAGUCACGGAUGACAUUGCACCUGGAUACCAUGGUAUCGUGCACAGGCCGAUGGACCUGUCCACCAUCAAGAGGAACAUCGAGGCGGGCGCGGUGCGCAGCACGGCCGAGUUCCAGCGGGACAUGAUGCUGAUGUUCCACAACGCCGUCAUGUACAACAGCCUGGACCACGACGUGUUCCUCAUGGCGCUGGACAUGCAGCGCGACGUGCUCGAGCACGUCCAGCAGUUCCUCGCCACGCAGCUCAUCAUGCAGACCGCCGCGGAGGCCGCCGCUGCUGGGGGAGGGGCCAAGAGG